AUCAAGAUCAAGUACAGGAACUCAUGCUAAAGAAAAGCGGUAUAGCUGUAAAACAUUCGCUUUUAUUCAUGAGUCUUCUAAGCAGUUUGUGUGGUUCAUGCCUGCUUAUCUCCCUGGAUUCAACACAUGUCUACCGCAGCACAAUCCGGGAGGCAAGAAGGCUGUGGGACAAAAGGGAACUGGGUUUUCACGCUGCCACAGCAUUAACCGGAAAAGAUUUCAUAGGCACCAGAACUUCACGACCUCGGUUCCGCUGAACAGAACAUUGAAGUAGUUGCUUGAGUCUUCUCCCCAGACCCUUUCGUGGUCAAUAAUGAAGUAUUCAGGGGGAGGGGGGAUUGCACCCAGCGCUAGGCGAUGAGAAAAGGUGUGAGGUCAAGUAAGUCCAUGUCGAGAAGGGCGGACUAGAUGACGCAUAAAGUAAGGAGAACUCUAAGAGCAAACAUAAGCACAUAUUGCCAUUUUACGUCGUUAUGUUCUUUCAAC